AAAACUCAUCACUAAGAACUACAAACAGCAGCGUAUUUAAAACUCGGAACAUUAAACUACACGUUCGCAAAUUCAAGAUGACUUCGACGCUAAACUCAUUACUUAAAAUACUAACAAUAUCCCUGAUAGUCCUACAAACUAGCGCCAGACCUGCGCCCAUUGCUGAUCCUUCUAAAGACAUUAUGCACAAACUGCAGAGCAUAUUUAAACUUGACGAAGGUCUUAUGGUAUAUAACACGGGAGUGGCAAGAGAAGAACUUGAAGAUGAUGAAAUCGUUUGCGCCGAACGUCGUGCCGGAAAGUCAUAUUGCAAGGAGGUUGAAAACUAUAUGGAGGCUACACGUUUAGACAAAAUCGAUCCAAAAGAGUUUGAAAAAUUCAGAGCAUAUUUCACAGAUGAUAUGGCGAUGCCACUGAAUAUAGCAACACGUAUGGAGAUCGAGGUGGUGAAGAAACCUUGCAAUACCAUAACAAACCUGAUUUAUCCGGAAGGUGCGAUGUCAGAGGAUGCCAAGUGGUUAUUGGUGGUGCAAUAUGAGCAACAUAAGCAAGGUGUUCUAGUAGAGGAAUGCGAAAAUGAGGAGCGACCUGGCGAAGAGAAUAGUACCCUGCCGCUGGAAGAUAUACCGAAAUGUAAACAAAACUUCACCUAUCGUAAAUUGGUUGUCUUGAUGGACGGAGUGAUGAAGGAAGAAAUGGUUAAACUACCCAGUACCUGUGAAUGUAUCAUGAGCUCCAUUUGAGAUUGUGCUUAUAUUUUAGUUAUAAGAC